CAAGCGACGGCAACUAAAUUCAUAAAUCCCACGGUUCUAUUCCUAAGGUGUGUAUUUUCUUCCCCCUACACACACAGACAGUUCGUAGUGCGCAUUUUUCAAUGAUGUUACUCGUCAUAAAUGAACACUGAUGAAUGUUUAUGACUGAUGAACGCCGAGCUGUAACAAUCGCCAGGUUUCGGCGUUUCCACGACAACGGGAGAAAAGGACUUUAGUUCUGCCAUUUCCACAGCGACGCGAUCGGGCUGGAGGACAGUCUGCAGAUGGCGGAAGGGCAACUGCUUCGCGUGCUGCGGGGCGGCUCCGGGACUCGCUCUCUCUCUCUGGCACGACGGGGGUUGCAGCACCCGCCGCGGGGCUUGGCCAGCUUAAGCAACUUGGAGCGCCUGAACCUCCGAGAUAAUCAACUCUUCAGUCUCUCUCACGAAAUGGAGGCUCUGAGCCGGGUGAGCCGGCCCCAAGACCCUGGCUUGGAGGCGCAUUUGUGGGCAUGGUUGUCACUCGCUUACCCUGAUUUUGAAGGUACUAAAUUUGGGAAAUAAUAAUUUUGAGGAAGUUCCAGAACAAUUGAAAUAUCUCAUAUCUCUACAAAAGCUUUAUAUGUUUGGAAACAAGAUCACCAAAAUAUCACCUUUAAUAUUUGAUGAUUUGAAGAAUUUAGAACUUCUCAAUCUGAACAAGAACCAACUAAGUUACCUUCCUCCAGAGAUUUGCAGGCUUGAAAAUCUUGAAUGUGUGAGUUUAGAGAAUAACAAACUGGAAAAGAUUCCCAAGGAAUUUUGUUGCCUUCAGAAUUUGCGUGUACUUCACUUAUCCCACAAUUUUAUCACCACAUUACCUGAAGACAUCAAACAUCUGAAAAAACUCAAGAUCUUGAUUUUGUCAAGAAAUAAAAUAGAAACCCUCCCUGAUGGAAUCUGCAAACUGAAGAGACUUAAGACUCUUGAUGUUGCAGGAAAUAAUAUUCAGAUUUUUCCCAAAGCAAUGGGAUAUCUUCAGCUUGAGGAACUUUUCUGUGAAGAUAAUCCAUUGCUUCAGAAAAACCCAGUUAGUGCCAUACAAGAAGAGGAUAUUCUCACUCUUAAGGAAAUAACAGCAAGAUUUAUUUUUACUCAGCUGGAAAAUGAAAACCCUCUUUUAUGCAGAGCCGUAAAACAAAACCCACAAGCACAGAAUUUGCUUUCCCAGAGGCAAGAAUGUGCACAGUGUGGUCACAGCUUUCUGAGUAUGUGGCUAGAAUGCGUGCGCUUCAUAGAUAUAAAACAGAGAUAUUUCCUUAUCAGAUUCCUCAAUGCCUUCAACAAUGGCAGCAACAAUAAUUGGUCUCCAAGUAAUAUCCCAGACAGCAGCCCUUUUCAAAUAACAGUUUAUUCAAACAUAACCCAAAUGAAGCGAAUGAAGACAAGCAAAAACUUGCAGCUUUUACCUGUUAGGUCACUACUAUGUUCAUACAAAUGUUUUUACCACCGCGAUCAUGAACUCUUUGGAAUCUCUGUAUUGUAAAGCAAACAGUGAAAUGGUGCUUCAACCAGCUUGCAGCUAUCAUAGUUUUCUCAAGAUCUUUAAAACCUGAAGCCAGUAUUAAUUGCUACAUCAAUAUUUAAUUAAAAAUUAAUACCUUUUAUGGAAGUGUAAUUUCAGAGAAGUGAUGGUUGGUAAUAUCUUUUGGCAAACUAGAUUCCAUAUCUGACAGUAGAUUUACUUGGGCAAGCAGCAUUAUAUAACUUUCAGGUAAAGUUUUAUAACGAAAACUAUCUAAAUUAUAUUAUUUCUUUGGGAUUUUAUCCACAAAAACUAAUGUGAAAUUCUGUAUUUUUUUAGGAUCAGAAUUUAAUGAUGCAAAAGACUCUUUUAACAUAUGUGGGGUGAUUGACUUUUACUUUAAAAUCCUGUUUUCUAGAUGUUUAUAACUUGGCUAUAAAAUCUGGCAUGCAGAACUUUCAACAUUGGAGAAACCGGGUUGGAGGAUUUGAAAGAAAGAUGGCAUGUAUAAGGGAUUUAUUCAUUUUUAGGUGCAUUAAUUACAGAAAAUCUAUGUGUAUCAUGACAAAUUUUGAAAGAACAAAGUUCUGUAAGGAAGCAGGAAAUUAAAGAUAUGUGCCUGUUUGCUUGCUUUUCCAAUCAUUAUAUGGAAGGGUUUUUUUUUUAAUUCUUAUGGAUGUUUCUAUACUAUAGGUCUUCCAAAUUUUUAAUUAGCAUGCUCAUCUCAUGUCACUAAUUAUAGUGUAGCAAAAUACCAAAUUUAUCUUAAAUAUGAACAUUUACAGUUUACACAUAGAAAUCAGGCAGAAAGGAUAAUAAGUAGAACCAUGUGAUUGCUUUAAGUAAAAUUUUCCAUUCAGCACAAUAACGUUAUUGAAAAACUAUGCAGCAAUUCAGACUGUUUUUUUUAAACAGAAAAUUGAAUUCAGCAUUUAUAUUAGGAAAGAGAUGACCAUACAAAAUUAUAGAUAUCUGUAGAAUGCACUGAAUGAUUUUUCCACUUCCCCAAAUUUACAAAAAAAAAUAGGCUGAUUAAGCUGUCCCUGCCUACUGUAGGUACAGUUUUCUGUACAGGUAAUCUUCGACUUACAACCACAAUGGAGCCUGGAAUUUCAAUUGUAAAUUGUUGUGGUCAUGUGACCAGACUCAGUUUUAUGACCAUUUUUAGAACAAUUAUAAAGUGAAUCAUUGUGGU